AUGUUGCCGGAAAAAUUGUACAAUGCAGUGGAGUUCAUAUCUUAUAAUUAUCAGUUUGAUCCUAUGAAGGGAAGAUACUUGAAGAAAAGAUUGAAGCAUGUUGUUGAGCCGGAUAAAAAUUGUGAAACUAGGGUUGAAGAUAUUGCUUGGCUUUGCUCCCUUUCGGAGUCUGAAAUUGACGUGCUGAUUAGCUUGAAAUUGUUGAUCAUUCAGCGUGCAAAAAUGAUAGGUUGUAAGGAGAUGGCUAAAAAAUUCAACCUCAAAAUGAUUCGAGCCAUUGCACUUAUUUUGAUGGAACAUCUCAAGUCACAGAUAAAGGAUUCAUCAAUUAUCUCCAAUACAGUGAAUUCUACUGCUCUUUUCGAUGCUUGCAACUUAUUGAAUUUUAACAAUGAGGUUGAUGCAAAUAUUGACGAGUUAAGCACAAGUCUUGGUGCUGAUAUACAAACAUUACUUAAAAGUCCACCAACAUCCAAACGAAAGAGAAAAAGGUUGGAAGAAAGUAGUGAAUGA